AUGGGUCCUUUGGCGCAGGUUUCUUUUUGGAGUCAAGGUCGCCGAUCGUCUUUGCUCGAUGCUGGGCUCUAUCAGCUGCUUCGCGUGGUUCCCGUGCCUUAUUUCGCCCAGUACGACUGCGGUCAGGAGGAAGCCAUGCUGAGCGCUCCGCGGCGCUUUGUCGUGUCCUUCGCCGGGUCCAUCAAGGACAAGCCACCGUAUUUUGUUUUCCGCGAGAGGUUGCUGGUUGCCGGAGCUGCCGGCCGACCGGACAUGCAGGAUAAGCGGCUGCUGAUCCAGGUCUUCGAUGCACACGAAGAAGCGCGGUACCGGUUUGCUCGGGACUACGAG